AUAGAAAAAAAGUGAUUGUAAUUCAGUUUGUUUGUCUAUCUUUACUCUUCCUCAUUGUUGCUCAUUAAAUUCAUCAUCAUCAUCAUUUUUUUAUAUUUAUUUUAUUUAUUAUUAUAAACGGCAUUAUUGUUUACGUGUGUAUGUAUAUAUAUGCUGAGUUGGCAAUAGCGUUACCGAAAUUGCUCCAAAGUGGAAGAAAUACCGUAACAUAACCUCAAAACCUGCAUGUUUCAUCAACCAAAAAAAAAUUCAACAAGACAAGAAAUUAAAAAAAACAUACACGGAAUAUGAAUAUAUAAAAUAAUUGUCACAUAAAUAAUAAACAUUAAAGUAUUUUUAUAUAUAUAUUCAAUUAAUAUAAACAAUUAAUAAUUAUUAAUUUAUAAAAUAUUGUUGUUUUUAUAUUGAAUGAGUUAUGAGUGGACAAAAAUUUCAGUAUGACGAGAGUGGUGUAACAUUUUUUUAUUUUUUAUUGUCAUUUUUGGCAUUGGUGCUUGUACCUGGUACAUAUUAUCUAUGGCCACGUUCACAAAAACGAGAUCCAGAUGAAGAAGAACGUGAAUGUCGUUGUUCAGGAUGUAUAAAAAAAAAAGAAAUAUUACUAUUAAAUAAUCCAUGGAAAGAAACAAGAUCAAGAUUACUAAAAUUAUUCAUCAUAAUUUGUUGGAUUGUAUUGGCAUUAUUAGCUUAUAAAGUAUCACAGUAUGAUGCUGAAAUGUCGAACUUUGAUCCUUAUGAAAUACUUGGUGUAUCAACAGGUUCAAGUGAACGUGAAAUUAAAAGAGCAUAUCGUAAAUUAUCACUUGUUCUUCAUCCUGACAAAGAAACUGGUGAUGAAAAAGCCUUUAUGAUAUUAACAAAAGCUUAUCAAGCAUUGACUGAUGAUGAGGCACGUAAAAAUUGGGAAAAAUAUGGUAAUCCAGAUGGACCAGGUGCAAUGAGUUUUGGUAUAGCAUUACCAUCAUGGAUUGUUGAAAAAAAAAAUUCAGUAUGGGUACUUGGUCUUUAUGCAUUAGUAUUUAUGGUUGCAUUACCAACAGCUGUUGGUAUGUGGUGGUAUAAAAGUAUACGUUAUACUGGUGAUCAAGUAUUACUUGCAACAACACAAGUUUAUUGGGGUUUAUAUUCAAUGACAUCAACAACAGCAUUAAAACGUUGUCUAAUGAUAUUAGCAGCAUCAUAUGAAUUUUGUAAAGGUGCUAAUCAAGAAAUUAUUGAACGUCAAUCAGAUAAUGAUGAGGUACCAUCAUUAAUUAAAAAAUUACCAAAUUUAGGUGAAAAAAAUAAAGAAACACCAUUAUGUCAUCUUUAUAGUAUAAAAGCACGUGCAAUAAUACAUGCACAUUUAUCACGUAUACAAUUAAAUCCUGAUACACUUGAAAAAGAUCGUCAAUAUAUUAUUAAAAAAUGUCCAUAUUUAAUACAAGAAAUGAUUAUGUGUGUUAAUCAAUUAAUAUUAUUAGCAUAUACUGGACGUGUACCACGUUUACCAACAAUUCAUACUAUUGAAAAUUGUAUGAAAUUAAGUCCAAUGAUUGUACAAGGUUUUUGGCAAUUUACAAAUCCAUUAUUACAAUUACCACAUAUUGAAGAAGAACAUUUAAAAUAUUUUUUAUCUAAAAAACGUAAAAUUAAAAGUUUACAACAAUUAGCACAACUUAAAGGUGAUGAAAGACGUCAAAUAUUACGUAAUUUUAAUGAUGAUGAAUAUGAUAAUAUUAUGAAGGUACUUGGUAAUAUGCCAUUUAUUGAUUUUAAAGUACAAAGUGAAGUUAUUGAUGAUGAUAAUCCAACAGUUUAUACUGCUGAAGCAAUUGUAACAGUAACUGUAACAUUAAUUAGAAAAAAUAUGCGUGAAUUAUUUGGUGAUGAAACAAUUAAAGAAAAUAUUAAUGAUGAUGAUGAUGAAGGUGGUAAAAGUGGUAAUGGUAAUGGUAAUGCUAAUGAUGAUAAUAAUGAUACUGUUACAAAUACAAAUGAUGAACAAAAUACAUUAAAUAAAAAAUCAUCAAAUGCACCAGCAUGGCUUAAACAAAAACGUGGACAAAAAAAAUUAAAUAAAAAAGGAAAACAAAAAAUUGGUAAAAAAAUAAUAACACCAAAAUUAAUUGGUAAUAAAAUUAUGAAUAAUAAUAAUAACAAUAAAAUAGAUGAUGAUAAAAAUGAUGAUUUAACCAAAGAUAAAACUGAUAGUUCUGAUAGUGAUGGUGAAAGUGAAAAAAGUGGUGGUGGUGGUGGUGGUGGUGAUGAUGAUAAUGUUAUUGAUGAAAAAAAAGAAGAUACAACACCAGAAGAUGAUGAUGCUGAAUGGGAUAAAUUUCAACAAAGAAUUGCUAAAAGAGAAAAAGUACUUGGACGUAGUAAUGUAUCACAUAAAGUACAUUGUCCAUUAUUUCCAGAUGUUAAACAAGAAUAUUGGUGGGUUUAUAUUUGUGACAGAAAAAGUCAUACAUUAUUAACAAGCCCAGUACAUGUUACUAGUUUAAUUGACAUUGAAGAAGUACAAUUAAGAUUUACAGCACCAACUUGGCCAGGUGUUUAUACAUUUUCAGUAUGUUUAAGAAGUGAUUCUUAUCUUGGUUUUUAUCAAACACAAGAUAUUAAACUUGAUGUUAAAGAAGCACCAGCAAUACCAACUCAACAUCCACAAUGGGAUAUAUCUGAUGAAGAAGAACCAGAAGAUGCUGAUGCUGCUGAUGAACAUUCCGAGUAUACAACUGACGAGGAUAUAAGUGACAAUGAAUAAAAUCUUCAAUAAUUAAUUUAUCAAUUAUUAAAUUAUGAUAAAUUUAUUUUUUUAUCAUGAAGAUAAUUUAAUAAAAUCUUCUAAAUUAUGCAUAAUAAAAACAAUAAUAAUUUAAUAUUCUACAAGAGCCAAUAUUCCAUUGUAAUCUUUUUUUUUUUUUUUCUUUUUUUUUCGAAAAAACUUAAUAGUAAUCGACAAUUUUAUUACACAACACAUUUUUCACGUUGAGUUUUUGAGUAUAUAAAAAAAGAGAAUUAAUAUUGUGAAUGUAUGUGUGAAAAAAUUUAGAUAAUUAAUUGUUGUAAUAAUUAAUAAAUAGUAUACUUGGAUAUAUAAACUAAAAAAAAUUAUCAUUCAAAUUAAUAAAAUUGAUUAAAAUAGUAAUAAAAAUUAAUAAUAAUGUGAAAAUGAAAUCAUUAUGGUAAAAAAAAAAUAAAUGAAAGAAAUAAUAAAAUUAUAUUAUUAUAUAAAAA